GCAGAGUCACGGCAGUGGCUGAGCUGCUGACAGGAGGCGGCGGCGGAGGUGGAGGCGAGGCAAGACCUGCGGCUCUGCAGGGCCACGGUCGCUGUAGCGCUAGGCAAGCUGACGGAGCCACGCCGGCCUCAGCCCACCUGCAAACCUCCCGCCUCGUGCCCACCCUCCAUCUGCCCGACUGGUCCGGGGCGGCCUAGUCUGCACCACCGACCCGGCUCCUGGGGCCGCCGCCCCGCGCGGUCCCGUCGGCGUCUCUGGCCGCGCCCGACCCCCGGCCGCCUAGCCCACCGGCACCAUGAUGGAGGAGAUCGACCGGUUCCAGGUGCCCACCGCGCACUCGGAGAUGCAGCCGCUGGACCCAGCCGCCGCCUCCAUCUCAGACGGAGACUGUGACGCCCGGGAGGGUGAGUCAGUAGCCAUGAAUUACAAACCAUCCCCGCUCCAAGUGAAGCUGGAGAAGCAGCGGGAGCUGGCCCGGAAGGGCUCCCUGAAGAAUGGCAGCAUGGGGAGCCCCGUCAACCAGCAACCCAAGAAGAACAAUGUCAUGGCCCGGACAAGGCUGGUCGUCCCCAAUAAAGGCUACUCCUCGCUUGACCAGAGCCCAGACGAGAAGCCACUGGUAGCCCUUGACACGGACAGUGAUGAUGACUUUGACAUGUCCAGAUAUUCCUCCUCUGGCUACUCCUCUGCUGAGCAGAUUAACCAAGAUUUGAACAUCCAGCUGCUGAAGGACGGCUACCGGUUAGACGAGAUCCCCGACGAUGAGGACCUGGACCUCAUCCCCCCCAAGUCCGUGAACCCCACCUGCAUGUGCUGCCAGGCCACGUCCUCCACCGCCUGCCACAUUCAGUAGCUGGUGGGGCCACUGCGGCCGGCCCGGGUGGGGCCGCCGGGGACCAGGUUGGACCAGGCAGGGGCCAACCCCUCCCCAGCUCGUCCACCUGCCCGCGGCCCCCGCGCCCCCUACAGCCGCCAACCUCGUAACAGUCAUUGCUUCCUCCUAUGGUAGGACGUGUACCUCUGUGUGUUCAUGGAGCCGGAGAAACCAAAACCGGGUCUCUCUCCACCCCCGGGAGUGCUGAGGAGGGGAGGGGGCGGUUUGUUCAGUUACUUGGGGGACCUCGCCCAGCAUCCUGCCCCCUCCCCAAAGCUGCAGCCCAGUAGAGGAAAGGGGUGACUGGACUGCAGGGAGGCCAACAGUAAUGAGUGGGGGAGGGAUCACAAAGCCAGGGGUUUGGACCCACCCAUGUGAAGCCAUGAAUCCCCCAGCACCAGCCAAGGAAAGGGGCUGGGAAGGAGAAAGGCCCAGGGCAGUAGAGGCAGGGCCCAGCCCUUUAGAGCCGCCUCCACAUGCCCCCCUGCUGGCCCAUGUACCAUCUGCGUUUCUCCCCUCAUCUCUAGAUGGGAAGCCUGACAAAGGUGCCCAGUGGGAUAUUGUCCCCCACCCCUUGGGGAUCACUGCCUUCUUUCUCCUCUUUGCCUCAUUCACCCGCUUCCUUCCUCUCUGGAUUGUGUGGAGGGUGAGGUGGGCCUUAGAGACAGCCAGAGUUUAGGGUGGUAUGAUCUGCCCUCACCUGCCUCAUCCCCCCACCCAACACACACACACACACACACACGCACACACACACACACACUUUUCUGUUCUGUUCAUUGGUCUCUGUCCCGGGCUGGAAGCAGGAGUUAAGGCUGGCCUUGAAUGCCCCAUUCCGGUCUCACUCUAGCCCAAGAUCCCAGAGGCUGCUUCCCAGGAAGAAUCUUCAAGGAAGCCAGCCUAAGAGAAAUCAGUGGCUGCAUGUGUAUUGCAGGGACAGCUUGGCAGAACGUGUGUGUGCCUGGGGCUGUGAGGGCGUGUGUCUACAUCUCUGCAUUGGGCCUGUGUCUCCAGAUGUCUGCGGCAUCCGCGGUGGGGAAGUGACUGUGUGACCUGUUAACAGUGUGAGAGGCUGCUCAGCAGUGCAGUCAGAAGGCUGGGUUCUGGUCCUAGCUCCAGCACUCUCCCCGUUAUCUCCAACAAGCCAUUUAUAUUCUCUGGCUUUCAGUUCCCUCCACUGUACAAUGAGCAGCAUCUGAAAUUAAGGUUCUUCCAAACCUGAAGGAAUUUCUUCAUAGGAAUUUCUGUGGAGGUGGAUAAGGAGGUCUCUGUGUUGUCUUUUGAGUACAUCUGGUGGCUUCCUGAGUUGCACGUCAGUGUGGAAAAGAGAGGGGGAAGUUCCUGUGGGAGCUGUGUAUACCUGAGUACAAUAGUAUCUUUUGGGAAAUGGGUGAGUGUGUGUCUGUGUGUGUCUGUGGAUGUGCACGUGUAUGUGGAUUUCUAUGGUGUGUGUAGCUGUGUGGGGUGUCUGAGAGUCAGAAUGUAUGUACUGCUGCUUCUGCUGCUGUCACUCGGUGGUGGCAGGGGUGGGGGUGGUGGCUAGAAAAGCUGAGGAUGAAAAUCAAGAGGGAGAAGGUGACCAAGGCCCUCCCCUGGGCCUGGGCAGUAUAGAUCUGCCCCGUGCGAAGGAAAGCAAAAGCACAGAUAGCCCACGCCUGGUCAGGUCUAUGCCACACAAACCCCGUAUCCCAGGGCCACGCCUCCAUGCUGACCUCCCCCACAUGCUGGCCAAUCCACUCUAAUAUAUACCACUCACAUGCUGCCAGCGUGCACAGGACACACCCACAGCCCAGUUCCUGGCUGCCAGUCCUGGGAGGUGGGAGUUGGAAGGGGGCGAGGGCAGUGAGAAGAGAGAGUAAGGCUGCUGCCUUAGGAGGGGUAGCACCUCUCCCUGCACCACACCCAGGGGCUGCCAGCUCCUGAGUGCUGAGGUGCAGCUCUCCACCCUCAACUCCUCCAACCCACGCCUAACUCCUCCAGUGCAGGGACCCUGGUUAGAUGAUGAGAAAAUGCCAAAGGGAGGCAAGGACGGAGAAGGCACCUGCAGGACUCACACGGCCCAUACUGGCCCCCACCUGAGCCUGUUUCUCCCCCCACCCCGCCCCGGUCAGCAUACCCACCCCCCGUCAUCUGGGCCCCAAACCAAGCUUCCUACUACUACUACCGCCACCACCCUGGCCUCCUUGACUCACCCUUCGAGAACAUGGGGACCUCCUCUUUUCCAGGCAGGGCCCCCGCCAAGGCUCACUUAGACUGCUGCCUUUGCUGCUGACAUGCUGUGUGACUCUGGCCCACUGCUUAACCUCUCUGGCCCUGAGGAAUAAGGGAAAGGCUCCCUCCCCACAAGAUAUACCUAAUUCCCUGGCAGGCAAGGGCUUCUAGCCGAGGCAGUGUAGCAAGUGUAGUGGAGAGAAGUACGAAGCUGGCAGCCAGCACUUUCUGGGUCUAGGGAAAGUGCAUGGUUCCCUCCUUCCCUGUGUGGGAGGUUGGAGGGGAGGAAUCGAGGCCUUAGUUUGCCCCCUGCCACCCUUGCCCCUUGUAGAUACUGCCUUAACACUCCCUCUACCCUCAGCUCUGGCUGCCACCCAGCCAGGUUUCUCCGUGCUCACUAAUUUAUUUCCAGGAAGGUGUGUGGAAGACAUGAGCCGUGUAUAAAAUUUUUUUUAACAUUUCCAUCGCAGUAUUGACCAUCAUCCUUGGUUGUGUAUCGUGUAACACAAAUAAUGAUAUUAAAAGCAUCAAACAAGCC